UCAGUGUUAAAUAAAUAUCCUGGAUAAUGUGCAGGACAGAAAUAACUACAGCAUCAUCAAACUCCUUUCUUCACUUUAUUUAGCUGUUCGUGCAUGUAGCUCCCAAUCUUUGCACUGCUUCAGUUAGCAGAGCAUUUAUUUUUGAAUCAGCUACAUUUGUUAAGACUGUAAAAACGAAAGGCAUUUCCUGAGAAGCUACAAGGAUGAGCAGCAAGAAAGAGCAACAGCUAAGGAAAUACGGGACCCUAGUUGUGCUUUUCAUCUUCCAAGUUCAGAUUUUUGGUUUUGAUGUUGACAAUCGACCUACAACAGAUAUCUGCUCGACACACACAAUUUUACCUGGACCAAAAGGGGAUGAAGGUGAGAAAGGAGACAGAGGAGAAGUUGGCAAACAAGGAAAAGUUGGACCAAAAGGACCUAAAGGAAACAAAGGAACUGUGGGGGAUGUCGGUGACCAGGGAAUGCUUGGGAAAAUUGGUCCUAUUGGUGGAAAGGGUGACAAAGGAGCCAAAGGCUUAUCCGGGGUGUCUGGAAAAAAGGGAAAAGCAGGCACGGUCUGUGACUGUGGAAGAUACCGCAGAGUUGUUGGACAACUGAAUAUCAACGUUGCUCGGCUUAACACAUCCAUCAAAUUUGUAAAGAAUGUUAUAGCAGGCAUCAGGGAGACAGACGAGAAAUUCUACUACAUCGUCAAAGAAGAGAAGAAUUACAGAGAAGCCCUGAUCCACUGCAGGGACAGAGGAGGAACACUUGCCAUGCCUAAAGAUGAGGCAACCAACGCCCUGCUUGCUGACUACAUCUCCACGAGCGGUCUCUUCCGAGCCUUCAUUGGGAUGAACGACAUGGAAAAAGAAGGGCAGUUUGUGUACGCAGACAGCAGCCCGCUGCAGAACUACAGUAACUGGAAGGACGGGGAGCCUCACGACUCCACUGGCAGCCAGGACUGUGUGGAAAUGCUCAGCACAGGAGAGUGGAAUGACUCUGAGUGCCAAGUCACCAUCUACUUUAUCUGUGAAUUCCUCAAGAAGAGAAAAUAAAUGUGCCACAAAAGACAUCUGGCACCUUC